AUGGAUUUUGACAGUCUCAACAGGCAGGCACAUGACUUAGUGCAUGUUGCAUCUUCACUUUUCCAAAAAGUGCCUGGCUCUGCUGUUUUGAUUCGCUACAUACAAUCGAGCUACCAGAACGACCCUGUUCGAUCUGCCAUCGAGCUUAUUCUGGUGCUGUUCUUUAUCCGAUAUCUGCUGUCGCCAUCAUACUCGACGCACAAGCAGAACUUUGUCAAACUCAAAGAAGAUGUUCGCCUGCGUUACCUGCUGCUCGAGAUUGAAGAGCUAGUGGACGACUGGAUCCCGGAGCCGCUAGUUGCUGAACAGACCGCAUUGGAGGAAACUGAGAACGAGAAGCUCCCUAUUAUUGUUGGUCCAACGGGACCGAAAGUGAAGCUAUCCACUGGACGAACGGUUACAAACCUCGCCUCAUACAACUUCUAUAACUUCAAUUCGAAUGAACAGAUCAAGGAAAAGGCGAUCCAGACUCUUCGCACUUAUGGUGUUGGACCCUGUGGCCCACCCCAGUUCUACGGCACGCAGGACGUCCAUGUCAAAGCAGAAGCGGACAUCGCCGAAUAUCUUGGUACGGAGGGCUGCAUCGUAUACGCCCAAUCGUUUUCUACAAUCUCUAGUGUCAUUCCGACAUUUUGUAAGAGAGGAGAUGUCAUCAUUGCGGACAAGGGUGUCAACUACUCCAUCCGCAAAGGACUCCAGGCUUCGCGAAGCAAUAUUAAAUGGUACAACCACGGCGAUAUGGAGGACUUGGAAAGAGCUAUGAAAACUGUUGUCAAGGAACAGAGCAAACUCAAGAAACUGACUCGUCGCUUCGUCGUGACAGAAGGACUAUUCGAAACGACUGGCGAUGCUACCGAUUUACCUAAACUCGUCGAACUAAAGGAAAGAUACAAAUUCAGAAUUAUCUUGGAUGAAACCUGGUCGUUCGGUGUCCUUGGACGUACAGGGCGCGGUCUGACGGAAGCUCAAAAUGUCGAUCCUCAACAGGUGGACAUGAUUGUCGGGUCUCUUUCUGGCCCUCUCUGUGCUGGUGGUGGCUUCUGUGCUGGUGCAAAGGAUGUCGUUGAACACCAGAGAAUCACCUCCUCUGCUUACACCUAUUCAGCAGCCCUGCCAGCCAUGCUGGCGAUGACAGCUAGCGAGACUGUGCAUAUUUUGCAGUCGAGCCCUGAUAUUGUGAACCAGUGCCGCGAGAACAUCAGGACUAUGAAGCUUCAGUUGGACCCUCGCAGUGAAUGGGUCACAUGCACGAGCAAUCUCGACAAUCCCAUCAUGCUCUUGGUCUUGAAACCUGAGGUGAUCCAGUCACGCAAUCUCAGCAUUGAUGACCAAGAACGCCUGCUGAUGGACUGUGCUGACGAGUCAUUGGCUAAUGGUGUAAUGAUUUCUCGCCUCAAAACUCGCAUGUAUGCCAACAUCAUGACGGCAAAGACGAAUGACUGGUUCGUGCAACCCGCUCUCAAAGUCUGUAUAACAUCGGGGCUAUCGAAAAAAGACAUCGAGAAAGCUGGCGUUACCAUCCGAAAUGCAAUCAGCAAAGUCAUGACGCGGAAGCCAACCGCCAAAGCUAUCUGA